CAACCCGGAAGUGCGAGCCCGGAGAUGGCCGGGGAUCGGAAAGUGGAGCUCGGCGAGGCCCUGGCGCUUGGGCCGGGCUGGCGCCACGCCUGCCAUGCCCUGCUCUAUGCGCCCGACCCCCGCAAGCUGUUCGGCCGCAUCCCGCUGCGCUUCGCCGUGCUGAUGCAGAUGCGCUUCGACGGGCGCCUGGGCUUCCCUGGCGGCUUCGUGGACGCCCAGGACAGUACCCUGGAGGACGGGCUGAACCGCGAACUGCGCGAGGAGCUGGGCGAAGCGGUGUCUGUCUUCCGCGUGGAGCGCUCCGACUAUCGGAGUUCACACCUCGCGGCCAGACCGCGCGUGGUGGCCCACUUCUAUGCCAAGCGCCUGACGCUUGAGCAGCUCCAGGCUGUGGAAGCCAGGGCACCGCAAGCCAAGGACCACGGGCUGGAGGUGCUGGGCCUGGUGCGGGUGCCUCUGUACAUCCUUCGUGAUGGUGAGGGAGGCCUGCCUGCUUUUCUGGAUAAUUCCUUCAUUGGUGCUGCCCGGGAGCAGCUGCUAGAAGCCCUUCAAGACUUGGAACUUCUGGAUUCCGGUACUAUUGCAAAGCUCAAGAUCCCAGCUUCUAAGUAGAGUCCGCCCACCAUGGACCCAUGGAAGCCAAGUUGAGGGUCUUGGUGUAAGGGAGGGAGGGAGAGAAGGAGGUAAAGAGAGGAGCAAAUGUUUUCUUUGGGGGGCUUAAGGGUGAUAGAUGAUAUCAGAGUAACAACAAAGGUGUAUAUGCAGUAUGUUUUCAACAAAGGACCAUGUCGGGUGGCAUUAGGGAUAAAAGGCCUUUGUAGUAUCUCAGAGUCUCUCCUCAUACAUGUAUGAGCAGCCUGGAAGUAGCAGGUAUGCAUUUGUGCAGCCUGUUAUCACACACUGUCAUCUGUUCAGUUUAACCCUGAUGUGGCAUGGCGUUCGGCACAUCCUGCUCCUUCCUGAUAAAAUGGAGGAUUUCUUCUGCGUCUGCUACAAAGCUUCUGUCUAGGGUCCAGCCCAGCCCAAGCCUGUUAGGGAAGCAGAGGAGGGUCUUCUCACUGAGAAUGGCCCUGUGAUACCCUGUGUUACCGGGGGCUUGAGCAUAGCAGUGGGUUUCAGAAAGUCAGCUAAGGCCCUACCAGCCCUGUGCUCUUAUCUUUACCUACAACUAAGGGUUGGAACUUGUCAAAGGCUUCUUGGGCUGAACUGAGACCUGAGACCUCAAUCCUGAUGCCUCUCUUGCUGUACGUUCAUCUUUGAGCUCCCUUUGUCUCCGUCUAGCCUGCCCUGCCAAAAAGAAGUCAUCCUGGGAAGCAGGCUGAUCCAUGGGGCUUCAAGACUUUCAGUUCUUUUAACAGACACGGGUUAAUACCUGCUCCAUAGCAGGCAUGGUAACAGAAGUAGAGGCCCAUUGCUCUGCUCUUCCAGACUUCAGAGGGAAGAGUAGGCACACUGCCUCGUAAGUGAACAGCACUACAAAGCAUGUACUACUUAAGCCUUGCCAGCCACUUGGUGUUCAGGAACCCUUUAACUCUGCCUUGUCAGACUUAACCUGCACAGUGUAAGAAUUUGUGUGGUUGUGUCCCAAUAAAACAAUAAUGGAAAA